UUGAAUCACAAGCAGUCUUUCCACAACUUACAAGCAAAUCAUAGUCACUUAAUUGACAAAUUUUAUCUCCCCAGUAUGUUCACUUGAUUGACAGCAAGCCAAGGCAUUCUUCCAUGACCUCAGCCUCCUCUUCCUCCCCUAGAACUGGCUUCCAUGGAGGUGAAGAACUGCUCUGUGGUGACAGAGUUCAUCCUUUUGGGAAUCCCACACACAGAGGGGCUGGAGAUGGUACUUUUUGUCUUAUUCUUGCCCUUCUAUGCCUGCACUCUGCUGGGAAAUAUGUCUAUUCUUGUUGCUGUUAUUUCUUCUGCUCGCCUUCACACACCUAUGUAUUUCUUCCUGGGAAACUUGUCUGUGUUUGAUAUGGGUUUCUCUUCAGUAACUUGUCCCAAAAUGCUGCUCUACCUGAUGGGACUGAGCCGACUCAUCUCCUACAAACACUGUGUCUCCCAGCUCUUCUUCUUCCAUUUCCUUGGGAGCAUUGAGUGCUUCUUGUAUACGGUGAUGGCCUAUGACCGCUUCACUGCCAUCUGUUAUCCUCUGCAAUACACAGUCAUCAUGAACCCUAGGAUCUGUGUGGCCCUGGCUGUGGGCACGUGGCUGUUAGGGUGCAUUCAUUCCAGCAUCUUGACUUCCCUCACCUUCACCUUGCCAUACUGUGGUCCCAAUGAAGUGGAUCACUUCUUCUGUGAUAUUCCAGCACUCUUGCCCUUGGCCUACGCUGACACGUCUUGGGCCCAGAGGGUGAGCUUCACCAAUGUUGGCCUCGUAUCUCUUGCCUGCUUUCUCCUAAUUCUUUUAUCCUACACUAGAAUUACGGUUUCUAUCUUGAGUAUUCGUACAACUGAAGGCCGUCGCCGAGCCUUCUCCAACUGCAGUGCUCACCUCAUUGCCAUCCUCUGUGCCUAUGGGCCCAUCAUCACUGUCUACCUGCAGCCCACACCCAACCCCAUGCUGGGAACCGUGGUACAAAUUCUGAUGAAUCUGGUAGGACCAAUGCUGAAUCCUUUGAUCUAUACUUUGAGGAAUAAAGAAGUAAAAACAGCACUGAAAACAAUAUUGCACAGGGCAGGUCAGAUUCCUGUUAGUAAGAGCAGAUAAAUGGGUGUAUGGCUUUGGAAUUCCUUCUGCUUUUACAUAUGAAAUUUCACUUUGGAAUCUUCAUGUGUGACAACAACUUUGAAAUUUUCAGCAGGUGCUGAAUGAUAUGGACCACAACACUAUAAUACAUUAUCUUUUUGCAUAUUUUAUUUUAUUGUAUUAUCUAAGUUCUGCCUCUUCGCCUAUCUUCAAAGUAAUACAGUCUUGGUUAUUAUUACUUUGCCUUUCUUCUUUAGAGAAUUCCCUGUCCCUGGAAGGAAGGUCUUUUCUA